GCCACGUGUCGAAUGCAUCUCUUGAAGUUGUCGUCGCAUUCGGGUACUUCCCACGAAAACGAAUUCCCCCCGGCUGCAUGUCUCCGCCUUCCCCACUCCUCCGCCGUUCGCCGUGACAUCUCCGACCCAUCAUCUAGCCAUGGACCCUCCGCCACCAGUAUCCGACGCUCCGGCGUUCCACCAGAUCGAUAAUUCGCUGGAGCCCUCCCUCCUCCACUGGGACUGGUCCGACUUCCUCGAUUUCAACCUCGACGACCACGUCAACAUCUCCAUCGACUCCGAACCGCCGCCGCUGCCGCCCCAGGAGCCCGAGUUGCCCCCCAAUCCGGCGACGUCGGGCCGGGUCAGGAAGCGGGACCCGAGAAUGGUGUGCUCCAACUUCCUGGCGGGUCGGAUCCCCUGCGCGUGCCCCGAGAUGGACGCGAUGCUGGAGGAGGAGGACCGUCUCUCGCCGGAGAAGAAGAAAUCGCGUGCAACGAGAGCGGCGCCGGCCAGGUGUCAGGUGCCGGGAUGCAAGGCGGAUAUCAGUGAGCUCAAAGGCUACCACCGGCGGCAUAGGGUUUGUCUGCGGUGUGCGAAUGCCAGUUCUGUUGCUCUUGAUGGGAAGAGAAAGAGAUACUGUCAACAGUGUGGCAAGUUUCACAUUUUAUCAGAUUUUGAUGAAGGUAAACGUAGUUGUCGAAGAAAACUGGAGCGUCAUAACAAUAGACGCCGAAGAAAACCAUGUGAAUCCAUAGAUGCUGCUGACAGGGACCCUCAGGCUCAUGCCUUGGCUGAUUAUGUGCCUUGUGAUGAUGCUAAUGAAAAAGAUAGCAUAUGUGUGAGAAGCCAAAUGGUAGAAAUGGAAUCAUUAUUGGGCUCUGAAGAAGGACAAAUUUCUACACUCUACUCAAAUCUUGUUUCCCAAAAUAUUCAGAAUGAUAGCGAUGUAUCUUUUGUGGCAUCUGGUGAGGCCCAAAUAGAUGGAGAAAAAGAUGAGUGCAAACAUGCUUGCCCUUCAGCCUGUUGUGAGAAUAAGAGUGCAUACUCCUCUACUUGCCCUACUGGUCGGAUCUCAUUCAAGCUUUAUGAUUGGAAUCCUGCAGAGUUCCCUAGACGACUUCGGCACCAAAUAUUUGAGUGGUUGGCCAAUAUGCCUGUUGAGUUGGAGGGGUAUAUCCGUCCUGGUUGUACAAUUUUGACCGUCUUUACUGCAAUGCCAAAUUUCAUAUGGUUAAAGUUACUUCAAGACCCUGUUGUAUAUAUACAUGAUAUUGUUGCUGCUCCUGGAAAGAUGCUAUCUGGAAGAGGCACUUUACUUGUUUAUCUAGACAAUGUGAUUUUCCAGGUGCUGAGAGACGGAACUUCCAUAAUGCAAGUCAAGCCGAAAGAGCAAGCUCCAAAACUUCACUAUGUUCAUCCUACUUGUUUUGAGGCUGGGAAACCCAUGGAGUUCAUGGCUUGUGGAAGUAAUCUACUUCAACCCAAAUUUCGGUUUCUUGUUUCUUUUGCUGGGAAGUAUAUGGCAUAUGACUAUUGUGUUCCAACCUUGAGUGGGGACACUGAAAGGGUUACUGCUAACUUCAACCAUCAGCUAUUGAAGAUACAUAUCCCUCAUACUGAACCAGAUCUUUUUGGCCCUGCAUUUAUUGAGGUUGAGAAUGAGUCAGGCUUAUCCAACUUCAUUCCUAUUCUAAUAGGGGACAAAGACAUUUGUUCCGAAAUGAAGAUUAUGGAGCACAGGUUUGAAGCAUCUCUCUGCUUGAAAGGAUCAAUGUCGGGUAGUAGUUCUGUAUCUGAUUCAUGUGCAGCUUCUGUUCUGAGACAAACAGCAUUCUCGCAAUUCAUUUUGGACACAGCUUGGUUACUAAAGAAACCUCCGUUGGAAGAUUUGGGACAGUGUUUGAGUUUGUCUCAAAUAGCAAGAUUCAAUCGGUUAUUGACUUUCCUAAUACACAAGAAGUCCACCAGCAUAUUGGAGACUGUUUUACACUAUAUGGAGAGUGUGAUGGACAGAAUGAAGUUAGAAAACCUGAAUGGCACUGCUGAUGAGGAUAUGAAAUGUCUUCUGAGUAAUAUUGAUCGUGCUAGAGAGAUUCUUUGUCAGAGACUGCAGGGAAAAGCAGAUUUGGCACUAAAUUCUGGAAAUCUCGUCUGUGUAGGAGAUUGGUUAUGUCCAAGAUCUCAAAGUGACAUGCUUCCUAUUUCAUGUUUCAAUCAGGAUAUGGAGAACAUAGAGAGAGGCCAUUUGGAUGCUGUAGCAGGUCCAAGUUGUCAGAACCAGAGUGACAACACACCAUUGCUGAAUAGGCAGGCUAUAAUCAGAAUAAACCCAACGAAGAGAAGGCCGAGGAAAGCUUCCAGUUGUGCCGUCAGCAGCAGAUACUCGGCCCCGCGGCCUCUCAUCUUCAUACUUGCUGCUGCAGCUGUUUGUUUUGUGGUAUGCGCGGCAACUCUCCACCCUGAGAAGGUUGGAAAAAUUGCGACGACCAUUCGCCGGUGUUUGUUCGACAACAGGUAGCUGUUUAAACAGAGACCCCUGAUCCAAAUCUCUUGUGCAUUGACAGUGUACAGAGCGGCCCGGCUGUGUUCAUGGUGCUGCCAAAAUUCAUGCCUGAAUGCUGGGGGCUGCGGCUGCUGCGGCGGCGGCGAUCUCAUUAAAGUAGUUGUUGGCUUGUUGUUUCAGAUCAUGCGCCAAGAGAUUGAUUGAUAGUGUGGUGCAUGCCUCCCCUUUCUUACUACUGAGAUGAAAAUUUUAAGAGGCAUCUUCUCCCCAAUGUAUGUGGCUUUGUAUAUUUAGUGACUUGUUCUUGUUUCUUCUCUUUGUUCGUUGGCUUCUGGUGCAA